AUGAAGGCCCUUUCCACAGCUUUGCUGGCUGGUGUGGCCACGGCUGCCAUCGCACCACAGCAACAACCUCUCCAAUUUCCCAAGACCUUCCCGAAAGAGGCCAAGAAUGUUAUUGACAAGCAACUCCACAACCUGAAGGAUGCUCUAAAGGGUCUUACCGCAGAGACUGCCGCCAUUUGGGACGAAGUGGCUGCAUUGUAUCCAGAAGAUAUGUCUGCCGCUAGCUUUUUCUCUGCACCGAAGAAGCAUACCCGUAAACCCGAUCACGAAUGGGAUCACAUCGUGCGAGGGGAAGAUAUCCAGAAUGUUUGGGUUGAGAAUGCCGAUGGCGAGAAAGAACGCCGUAUCGACGGCAAACUUGAUACUUACAGCCUUCGUGUCAAAUCGGUUGACCCUAGUGCUCUGGGCGUUGACCCAGAUGUCAAGCAAUAUUCGGGUUAUCUGGAUGACGAUGAAAACGAUAAACAUCUCUUUUAUUGGUUCUUCGAAUCGAGGAACGACCCGAAGAAUGACCCCGUCGUCCUAUGGUUGAAUGGUGGCCCCGGCUGCUCGUCACUUACCGGGCUGUUCCUCGAACUUGGUCCGUCUCGCAUCAACGAGAACCUCGAAUUGGUGUACAAUCCGUACUCUUGGAAUGCCAACGCUAGCGUCAUCUUUCUAGACCAACCUGUCAACGUGGGCUAUUCGUACUCGAGCUCCAGCGUCUCCAACACCGUGGCCGCUGGAAAGGACGUUUACGCCCUGCUCACCCUCUUCUUCGAGCAAUUCCCAGAAUACGCAACCCAGGAUUUCCACAUUGCCGGAGAAUCAUAUGCUGGGCACUAUAUCCCUGUGUUUGCUUCUGAAAUCAGCUCGCACAAGAAGACCAACAUCAAUCUCAAGUCGGUGUUGAUUGGAAAUGGUCUCACCGAUGGAUUGACUCAAUAUGAAUACUAUCGCCCUAUGGCUUGUGGUGACGGUGGCUGGCCUGCCGUGCUUGACAAGCAGUCAUGCCAAGCAAUGGACAACGCCUUGCCUAGAUGUCAGUCUUUGAUCCAGAACUGCUACGAUAGCGAAAGCGUCUGGUCAUGUGUCCCUGCCAGCAUCUACUGCAACAAUGCUCUCCUUGCACCUUAUCAGCGGACUGGUCAAAACGUCUAUGAUGUUCGUGGAAAAUGCAAGGAUUCCAGCAACUUGUGCUACCCCGAACUUGGCUGGAUUAGCAAGUGGCUCAACGAGAAAAGUGUCAUGAAGGCUCUUGGUGUUGAGGUUGAUAGCUACGAUUCUUGCAACUUCGAUAUCAACCGGAAUUUCCUCUUCCAAGGUGACUGGAUGCAACCAUUCCAUCGACUAGUGCCAGGGCUUAUUGAGAAGUUCCCAGUCUUGAUCUAUGCGGGUGACGCAGAUUUCAUCUGUAAUUGGCUAGGCAACAAGGCAUGGGCCGACGCUCUUGAGUAUCCUGGUCACAAGGAAUUCAAGGCUGCUGCUACCAAGGAUCUCCGCAUAGACGAUAGCAAGAAAGGAAGAAAGAUUGGAGAUGUCAAGUCGUCUGGAAACUUUACUUUCAUGCGGAUUCAUGCAGCUGGUCAUAUGGUCCCUCUUGACCAGCCAGAAGCUAGCUUAGAGUUCUUCAACAGAUGGCUCGCAAAGGAAUGGUUCUAG